UUUUCUGUCUUUUCCAGAUUGUAGAUCACUUAAAAUGGCAGAAGGAGGGCCUGAUAGAAACAGGCAACAUUCGAAUAACCUGCAGGGGCUGCUGAGGCUGGCAGUGGAGGCAGGAUCAGUGGGGGACACAGCUCCAGAACAUCAUCCCAUGCCGGAAGAGCGCAGGCAGUGGCUGCAGGAUGCACUGUCGGAUGUAUUUAAUGGACAGUUGGAUGAAGUUAAACAACUCAAAGAUUGUCUCCAGAUCUUGAAUGAAACUCCCGGAGAUGAUGCAGUCGAGGAGGAGAGGCGCUGGAAUGCCCUUGACAUGGUGUCGGAUUUGUGUGAAAACCUUGACAAUGCGAGAGAUUUCUGCAAGCUGUCGGGCAUGCGGGUAGUGGUGGACAGCUUCCUGGAGUGCGCCGACGCCGGCCUCCGUUGGCGCACAGCACACCUGAUCGGGACGUGCAGCCAAAACAACCCCUUUGUGCAGGAGCACGUGUUGCAGCUGGGGAUCCUGCCCAAACUGCUGGAUAUGCUCAACAACGACAACAGCGACCUGGUGCGAAUCAAGGCGCUCUUUGCCGUAUCAUGCCUGGUACGCGAGCAGGAGGCCGGGCUGCAGGAGUUUAUCCACCACGAUGGCUUCUCGGUGCUGAUGCGGGCCAUGCAGAGCGGCGUGGAGAAGCUGAAGGUGAAGGCUGCGUUCCUGCUGCAGAACCUGCUGAUCAGCAGCCCCGAGCACAAAGGUGAGGACUCGUGCACAGAUGCAGUUCCACACAAGCUGAAUAUCCCCAACGUCCUGUGCUCCAUGGGAAUGGUCCAGCAGUUGGUGGCACUGCUACAGACAGAGCACGAUCCCUUUCACGAGCAUGUCCUGGGAGCGCUCUGCAGCUUGGUGACCAAUUUCCCUCGUGGAGUGAAACAGUGUCAAGAACCCGAGCUGGGUCUGGAGGAUAUUCUAAAUGAGAGAUCGAGGAUGUUGAAAGACCAAGAGGAAUUUCAGGAGGAGUUGGAGUUCUGUGAGCAGCUACUGCGUGCUUGCUUCAGCCAGCCAGACGAGAGCGGGAUGGAUCGGUGAUUCAACGAGUUGUCCCUGCGAAGAUUGCUUACCUCGCCAUGUCGGAAAGAAUUUACCCAAUUUUUCUCUCUCUGUCUCUCUCUCUGUCUGUCAGGCGGAUUCCCACUAUUGCCAAUUGCAAGGCUUUGGAAGCUCGGUGCAUUUUGAAUCAGCUUAUAUAUUGCACAUUGGAAAAAAAGACUGUUUAUCAAACAUUUAUUUCAAUCUUUUAAUCUUGACCCUGACAUCCCAUCCAGUUGUAGAGUCAUGGAGUGAUACAUGGUGGAAACAGGUCCUUCGGCCUUUCCUGCCCACAUGUCCCAGCUGCAUUAGUCCCACCUGUGUUUGGCCCAUAUCCCUCCAAACCUGUCCUAUUCAUGUACCUGUUUUAACUAUUUCUUAAACGUUGGGAUAGUCCCAGCCUCGAUGACCUCCUCUGGCAGCUCGUUCCGUACACCCGCCACCCUUUGUGUGGAAAAAGUUACCCCUCAGAUUCCGAUUCAAUCUUUUCCCCGUCACCUUGAACCUGUGUUCUCUGGACUGGUUCCAGUGGAUUCAUUCUAAUGGCGAGGUGAAUACAGUCAACAAUCUGGGCCCUGCGCAGUUUGCAAUUUGUCACUGGCUGUUCUCCAUCUCCUUCUCUGUGCUUCCGUUAGCUUUUCUGGAUUAAGCCCCAGAAGUGGAAGCGGAGAUUUGUAUUGGGACGUGGCCUUUAAUGUCACACACCCACCCGCUCGAUUAAAAUUGAACCCACUGCUGUAUCAGUCUCAACAGCCCCUGCUCAAUAUCCCCAUGCAGUUUAUUCCCAAGUAACAACCUGUGCUAAUCCCCCCCCACUGCUUCCCAAACUAGGAUACCAACCUGGGUGGCUGGUCCAAGGCAGGGAAGCAAUUAGUCUAAAGAAAAUUAACUUUGGGUGGGAGGAGUGGAGAACUAUCAAGCAUGUUAAAUCUUCACGGUGAUAUGUAAAACUGGGAACGUUAAUGUGAAGAGAGAGAGGUGGGAGGGGAGCUGACUAGUGUGUGACCAUGCAGGUCAUUAGAGAGUUUCUUCAAUGGUUCCUGAUGCAACUGCACAGUCAGAUUCUUAUCGCAUCGCUUACACAUGCACGUCACCAUACUUUGGCUGCCGCUAUUUAGGCACAGAAAGAGUCCAGCGUACUGGGGCGGCCCCCGAUUCAGGCAAGCCCCAGGCUGCUGCAGGGCCUCCUCCAUCACAAGUCGGGAUUGGUGUUGUUGGGACUGGAACAUGAUGCCUUCUGCAGUCACGUGGUUAGAUUGGAUUGCCGUCGGAUCACCGGAGGCAACUGUGUGUUUGUGUGUGUGGGGGGCAAGACUCGGGAAGUACUGCUUGGGACAGUGACGUCACAAAGCCCAUCACUUUACGGAGGGGGAGUGGAGCAGUAACUGUGUAUGUGGAUGAAUCUACCACCCCUACAGUGUUGAUCCUGCACCCUGCAGUGUUGGUCCAUGCAGUGUGGGUCCCUGUGCAGUGUGUGUGUGUGUUCCUGCAGUGUGCCAGUGUGAUCGACACGCUGUCAUUUGAACAUAUCGUAAAGAACCUGAAGAGAUGAUUGCCCUGUGACUGUAUCAAGCCGGUAUCGUUUUGUGAAUUCUUUGUUCCUGCUGCAAAGUGUUAUUUUAGUUUCUGUGAAAACAUUAAAGUGACAUUUGUGGA